AUGGAGACCGAAGACGACGAGGCACAUUUACCAAACGUUGCACAGAGAACCACCGCGGUUCGCAGAUCUGAUGCGCCACCGCGCAACGAUCAGGGAGAUAUCUAUUGCACACAUGAGGACUGUGAAGACAAUCCCCCAACCUUUCGACGGGCAUGUGAAUGGAACAAACACAUGGACCGACACGAGCGACCAUACAAAUGCGAGCAUCCCAACUGUCUCAACUCACAAGGCUUCACUUAUUCCGGCGGCCUUCUUCGCCAUCAAAGGGAAGUUCACCGAAUGCAUCAGAGCGCCACUAAAGCCCGCAUCUUCUGUCCGUUCCCAGACUGUCCACGCAACGUCACUGGCGAGGGUUUCUCGCGCAAGGAGAACCUCGAGGAACACAAGAGACGGCGUCACGCUGAUCAGAAGACACCGAACUCGACGGACGACGACGACCACCAGCAUGCUCGCAAACGCAAACGGCCACCAACGCCCGUGCCCAGCGAGUACAGUGUCAAAGCAAAUGGUCUUGAUACAGACGAUCAUGUCCAGGGCUUGAUGCAUAUCAGCCUUGCCACUCCUGAUCCCUUUCAGGCUACCACAGUCGACGAUGACCAUCCACUGGUCAAGAGGCUCAGAGCAGACCUUCAACAAUGUCAAGACCAGCUACGUCAUGUCCUCCAAGAGAAUAGAUUCCUGCGCGGACAGGUCCAGCAAUACCAAGGCCAAGUCCAGCAGUAUCACAACGUCCUGCAGAGCUUUCCUGCGCCUCAGAUCUACAAUGUUGGACCAGGAUCCCAAGCUGGUGGACAACAUCACGGCGGCGUCGUGUCACCGCAGGCUACGAGCCAGCAGUUCAUGAGCAAUGCGGGCAACAUGAUGCACAGCCCCCACUUGGGCCCGUCAAUGGGAGGUAGUGCGUACAAGAAGUGA